AGCAGCAGCAGCGCCAUGUCCGGCAGAGGCAAGGGCGGGAAGGGGCUCGGCAAGGGGGGUGCCAAGCGGCACCGCAAGGUGCUGCGCGACAACAUCCAGGGCAUCACCAAGCCGGCCAUCCGGCGCCUGGCGCGGCGCGGCGGCGUCAAGCGCAUCUCGGGGCUCAUCUACGAGGAGACGCGCGGCGUGCUCAAGGUCUUCCUGGAGAACGUGAUCCGCGACGCCGUCACCUACACCGAGCACGCCAAGCGCAAGACGGUCACGGCCAUGGACGUGGUCUACGCCCUCAAGCGCCAGGGACGCUCCCCUUGGCAGCGGCGGCUGAUCCAUCAGUGGCGGGCGAUGGCGCGCACGAAGCAGACGGCGCGUAAGUCGACGGGCGGGAAGGCGCCCCGCAAGCAGCUGGCCACCAAGGCGGCCCGCAAGAGCGCGCCGGCCACGGGCGGCGUGAAGAAGCCGCACCGCUACCGGCCCGGCACGGUGGCGCUGCGCGAGAUCCGCCGCUACCAGAAGUCGACGGAGCUGCUGAUCCGCAAGCUGCCCUUCCAGCGGCUGGUGCGCGAGAUCGCGCAGGACUUCAAGACCGACCUGCGCUUCCAGAGCUCGGCCGUGAUGGCGCUGCAGGAGGCGAGCGAGGCCUACCUGGUGGGGCUCUUCGAGGACACCAACCUCAGCAGCAGCAGCGCCAUGUCUGGCAGAGGCAAGGGCGGGAAGGGGCUCGGCAAGGGGGGCGCCAAGCGGCACCGCAAGGUGCUGCGCGACAACAUCCAGGGCAUCACCAAGCCGGCCAUCCGGCGCCUGGCGCGGCGCGGCGGCGUCAAGCGCAUCUCGGGGCUCAUCUACGAGGAGACGCGCGGCGUGCUCAAGGUCUUCCUGGAGAACGUGAUCCGCGACGCCGUCACCUACACCGAGCACGCCAAGCGCAAGACGGUCACGGCCAUGGACGUGGUCUACGCCCUCAAGCGCCAGGGACGCACCCUCUACGGCUUCGGCGGCUAAAGCGCGCAGGCAGCUCUCGGACCCUCUCGACACACCCCAAAGGCUCUUUUAAGAGCCGCCCACCUUGUCUUCAGAAAGAGCUGUGUCGUUUUUGUUUCGUGUUGUGAAACGUUAGCCGCG